AUGUCACUAACCAUCCAUUCAAAAAUAGUAGACCUCGAUCAUCUAAUACCAAAAGUAGUAGACAGCGAACAAGUAGAAUCCGACAUCUCAAAUCUCAUCCCUUGGGUAUACCAACAUUCCGACACCGCAGACGAAGACAAUGCACUCAAUUGGCCGACUGAGCACAAUAAGUUUAACUUAUUCUUCACUGAACUAGUAUCUUACCGCGCCGAGCUAGAAGCCUAUACCGCCUCUAGCGAUGAUGAUACUGGCACCGGUACUGGCACCGGUACUGGUACUAAAUGUCUUUUGUUGAGGAAGUUAGUGGAGGAGGUUUAUUUGGGUUUGGAUAUGGAAGGUCAGAAACGUAAAGUUAAAUUUACUACCUCAGCGCAAGAUAUCAAAUACACCAUCGGUGGAACCCGCUACGUCAGUAGACUAGAAGGUGCCGCGAAUAUUAUCGAUCCUGGAGGUCACUCUCUCCCGAUUAUUGCGUUUACAGGGUCCUUCCCAAACCAAACACGGGCUGAGUUCUUAAUCGAAACAUUCAGUUCCAUGCUAGCCCAGCUUACUCAGAAGCUGGAGCAGAAGACUGAGUUCCACGAUCAAGAAGUCUUCGUAGUUGUGUUUAAUGGGUUUGAUUUUCAUAUAGCGCGGGGAUUCUUUCCCAAGGAUGUUAUUGGUAGGGUCCGUGCGGAGGGGUUUUCGGGGAAUGAGAUUCAGUUGGAGUUUACUCGGGGGUUUAGGUUGUGGGAGAAGGGGAAUUGGAGUGAUGCGGCGAGGGGGGUGGGGAGGCGCGUGGCUAUUCCCGGCAGUUCCCGUCUACCCCCGGCCCGCUGCUAUUUAUAUACCAGCUAG